GCCUUGACAAAGAUGCACAGUCCGCCAUAGUCAACAGUCACCUAAGAUGAAGUAUAGGUGAUUGCAACAUGUUUGUAUCAGCGAUUAAAUUUGUUUUUGGUUAAAAUGCGUAUUUAAUAGUGAGUUCGGGUUACAAUCGGAACAAACAAUGGGAGGCAGGUUCGACAGCGAGGUGGCGUCGGUCGUGGAGCUCGCCUUCCAAACCACCGUGUCAGUGUUCAGAGGCAUGUUGGAGAAACAAGCGCCGAACACGGCAUGGGAAGAGGCUGUGGUUGGCCUCAGCAAAGACCUACAGGAGGUCGAGCGCGUUCUACUGGCGCAACUCCAGCGGGUCUUCGCCGAGUUGUGCGACGAGAACGAGACGCUGAAGGCCAAGGUGGAGCAGAUGGAGGACCUCAUGCAGAAGAAGGCCGGACAGCUAGAGCAGGAGCUGCACGUCCGGGUAGGACAGCUCGGCAGGGACAUGGAGCUGCUUGAGAAGGAGCUCAAGAGCAUCAGCGAUGGAGGAGGAGCGCCAGCAGAUGGAGAAGUCUCCCUUGUGUCAAUUUCCGGCGACCAGAUUCCCGUUAACACGGAAUCAAAUCUGAAUGUCUCUGAAACAAGUUUCGGCGAGGCGAUGCCAAAACCCGAAACAGACCCGCAACCCAUUGUCCCCGAGAUAUUCGUGGUGGUAGACGGAGAAUCUGAAGAAGAGACAGCUGAAACGGCGCUCGUGACGCAACUCAUUUUUCAACCUACAUCAGCACCUCAAGACACUCCUGGACAAGAGUUCUGCUCCGUUAGCAAUGAGGAGAUGGCACUGGAACAGGAACAGGCACAUAAGGAGAGUUUAGUGGAAGAAUCAUCAGGGAGACCGAAAAGAAAAAGAAAGCCAAGCUUCAAAAUGGAAAUGGCGUCUCCCAACCUAAGCGACGACGAGAUGGACGAUGACGAAUGGGAUGACGAAAGCCCAAGGAGGAAGGCGCGACGAAACCGCAAGCGUUUCUCCUGCCAAGAGUGCGACGCUGCUUUCUACUGGAAGGCUGAACUGAAAAAGCACAUGGAGUUGCACGAGCGGCCCUUCCCGUGCCAGCAGUGCGACGAGAGCUUCCCGGAAAAGUCGUCUCUGGAGGAGCACGUCAUGUGCCACCAAGAGUCCUUCAAGGGGCCGCUGCCCUUCCCGUGCCCGCGCUGCAAGCGCUCCUUCCGUAAAGAGGAGUCUCUACAGAACCACCUCAAGCGCCACCAGCCGUUAGCUCAGCCCAAACCUUUCAACUGCGAGCAGUGCGGCAAAACCUUUCGCUUGGAGCGCUCUUUGGAGAACCACCUUCUGCGCCAUCAGAAGUGGAAGGAGCCCUUCCAGUGCCUGCUUUGCAACAAGACCUGCAAAACGCAAGUGCAGCUGCGUAGCCACAUGGUGGUACACUCGGUGGAGCGGCCCUUCAGCUGCGCCACGUGCGGAAAGGAGUUCAAGAGCAAGGACACGCUGCGCUUCCACCAAAUGGUGCACACCAAUGCCAAGAAGUACAAAUGCAACGUGUGUGACGAGACCUUUAAAUAUGCGCACUCACUGACCGUGCACAAGCGCAAGCACACGGGCAUCACACCCUUUGUGUGCGGCGUGUGUGGGCGCUCGUACCGCACCGGCACGGCGCUCAAGCGGCACAGCGUGGUGCACACUGGUGAAAAGCCCUUCACCUGCCAUGUGUGCGGCGCCCGCUUCAGCCUCAACAACAACCUCAAGCGACACCUGCGCAUCCACACAGGCGAGAAGCCUUUCACCUGCCAGGAUUGCGGAAAGACCUUUUCCGAUAACAACAAGCUCAAGUCGCACAUGCUGGUGCAUGGAGCCCGAAAGCCCUUCAUGUGCGACUUAUGCGGGAAGACCUUCCUAUUCAACUGUCGCCUUCAGAUGCAUCAGAAGUCCGUUCACGCCAAGAAGGACGACGGGCCCAAGACGUUGCCUUGGAGGGAAAGGAACAAGCAUCUGGUCAAGCCAUUCAGCUGCAAAAUCUGCUUGGCCAGCUUCACCGCCGCUUGUUCUCUCAAGGUCCACGAAAAGGGCCACAGCGAGCACAAGGAGUUCCACUGCCAUUUGUGUGGCAAGGCCUUCCACAACAAGUACUCGUUCCGCACACACGAGCGCUCGCAUACCGGCGAGAAGCCAUUCGUGUGCGACAUGUGCGGCAAGGGCUUCAUACACGCCGGCAGCCUCAAGCAGCACGAGCGCAUCCACACUGGCGAAAGGCCGUACAAGUGUGAACAGUGCGGCAAGACCUUCCGCACAGAUGGGAAUUUCUACCGACAUGUCCGCAUCCACACUGGCGAGAAACCCUUCGAGUGCGCCUUCUGCCACCGCAAGUUCCACCAGUCUAACCAGCUUAAGUCACACCUGCAAAUACACACGGGCCAGAAGCUUUACUCCUGCAAAACCUGCGGAGAAGGAUUCUCCGACUCCAGGCAGUUGAAGAAGCACAGCUGCACCGGAACAAUCGUCUCAGUUUUGCUGACUUAAAGAGCUAUCAGUAUAGGCAAAGAAUGUCCCAAACACUAUGAGAUCAACUAAUGAUGCAUUAUUGAUUUUGAAAACCACAGCUAAAUAGGCCCAAGCUGAAGAACUUAUCUUAAAAGAAUAUGAAACAACGAAUAAAUUAUUUCAUGAAACAAUCUGUGAAUAGGACUACAAAAGGUUAAUCUGCCAAAGUUUCUUUUUGAAAAAGAUACAGUGGAUAAAUCAUGAGCACAAAAUAA